GCGGUUUACCCCCCUUUACCCGGCCAAGUUCUUCCCUUCUCCGUCAUGAGGCUUCCAUUAAACUUAAAGUGCUAGGCUGAGCAAAGGUAGAUGAGCGCCGCAGCUAGCAAUCGCCAAAGCUUCGCCAAAGCCACAUGAGAUUUUCUGGAGGCGCAGACAGGGACGCUUGGUUGCCGUUGUAUGUAUAGGGUCAAAAUUGCUGCGGCUGCUUCAUGCAAUCGUUUCAAGACAAUUGAGGAUCUCAGCAAUGUUGAAGUUGCGAGGAUUGGCUGCACAUGCAGCUCGACUCACAAGGACUGGGUGUAAUCUUGGUCGCAAUGUCCUGGAAGAGGAUGCUGCUGCGCUGAUUGGAGCGAGGCGGCGCUUGUCCACUGCAUGCGAUGCUUCUGGGGCAAGACUGACCGGGAAACCUUCUACUGGCAUUGACGCCCGCCGGUUCCGCUUUGCCCGCACCUUCCAUACCGCGAGCGCCGCGCUCAAGGCUGCCGAGCCGGUGUCUGUGCCGCUGUCCAAGCUCUCGGACAAUUUCCUGGAUGGCACUAGCAGCGUGUGGCUGGAGGCUCUCCAGCGCGCAUGGGAGGCGGACCCGAAGAGCGUGGACCCCUCGUGGGACAUCUUCUUCCAGAACUUCACGGGGUCGGCUUCGGAGGCAGCCGUGUCCGGUCAAACGAUCCAGGAGAGCAUGCGUCUGCUGCUCCUGAUCCGCGCUUAUCAGGUGAGCGGCCACUAUGCUGCCAAGUUGGACCCCCUGGGUCUCGACGACCGCGCGCUGCCGAUCGAGCUCGACCCGGCUCUGUACGGCUUCACGGACGCGGACCUGGACCGGGAGUUCUUUCUGGGGACGUGGCGGAUGAAGGGCUUCCUGUCGGAGGACAGGCCCCGACAGACGCUGAGGGCCAUCCUGACCAGGCUUGAGCAAACGUAUAGCGGCACCGUUGGCUACGAGUACAUGCACAUACCCGACCGCGACCGCUGCAAUUGGCUGCGCGAGAAGAUCGAGGCACCCCACAUGACACCCUACUCCAAAGACCGCAAGGCCGUCAUUCUGGACCGACUCAUGUGGGGCCACCUCUUCGAAGCCUUCCUGUCGCAAAAGUGGACCGCCGCCAAGCGCUUCGGGCUCGAGGGCUGCGAAACCCUAAUUCCCGGGCUGAAGGAAAUGAUUGACCGGGCGGCGGAUCUAGGGGUGGAGAGCAUCGUGAUUGGGAUGCCGCACAGGGGCCGGUUGAACGUCCUGGGCAACGUGGUGCGCAAGCCGCUCGCGCAGAUCUUCAGCGAGUUCAGCGGGGGGCUCAAGCCCAUUGCGGACGAAGGGGACCUCUACACCGGCUCUGGUGACGUCAAGUACCACCUGGGCACGUCCUACGACCGGCCCACCCUCGGCGGCAAGCACAUCCACCUCUCUCUAGUUGCCAACCCCAGCCACCUGGAAGCCGUCGACCCGGUUGUCAUGGGCAAGACCCGCGCGAAGCAGUACUACACCGGAGACACCAAGCGCAAGCGCAACAUGGGCGUUCUGAUGCACGGGGACGGCAGCUUCGCGGGGCAGGGCGUGGUUUACGAGACGUUCCAUCUGAGCGAUCUGCCCAACUACACGACGGGGGGGAUGAUCCACGUGGUGGUCAACAACCAGGUUGCGUUUACGACCGACCCCAAGCAUAGCCGCUCGUCCCCCUACUGCACGGACGUCGCAAAAGCGCUGAACGCCCCCAUCUUCCACGUCAACGGCGAUGACGUGGAGGCGGUGGUGCACGUGUUUGAGCUGGCGGUGGAGUGGCGCCAAAAGUGGGGCGAUGACGUCGUCAUUGACAUCGUGUGCUACCGGCGCUUUGGGCACAACGAGCUGGACGAGCCGUCCUUCACGCAGCCCAAGAUGUACAGCGUGAUCAAAAGCCACCCGCCGGCGCUCCAACUGUACCAAGAGAAGCUGAAGCGCGGCGGACAGCUGACGGACGAGGAGAUCAAGAAAACGCAGGACCGCGUGCUAGCCAUCCUGAACGAACAGUUCGAGGCCUCCAAGAGCUACAAGCCCGAGACGCGCGACUGGCUCACAUCUUACUGGUCAGGCUUCAAGGGCCCGGAGCAGAUCUCCAAGAUCAAGAACACGGGGGUCAACCCCGAGGUCCUGAAGCAGGUGGGCCAGGCCGUGACGACAUUCCCCGAGGGCUUCAACCCCCACCGGGGCAUCCGGAGGGUGUACGAGCAGCGCCAGAAGAUGAUCGAGACCGGCGAGGGGGUGGACUGGGCGACCGCAGAGGCACUUGCGUUCGGGACGCUCAUCGUGGAGGGCAACCACGUGCGGUUGAGCGGGCAAGACGUGGAGCGGGGGACGUUCAGUCAUAGGCACGCCGUGCUGCACGACCAGGAGAACGGGCGGCAGUACUGCCCGCUGGACCACGUGACCCCGUCCCAGGAGGGCGACCCCGAGCGCUUCACUGUCACCAACUCGAGCCUCUCCGAGUUCGGCGUGCUGGGUUACGAGCUGGGUUACUCCAUGGAGAACCCUAACUCGCUGGUGAUCUGGGAGGCGCAGUUCGGGGACUUUGCAAACGGCGCGCAGGUUAUCUUUGACCAGUUCAUCAGCAGUGGGGAGGCCAAGUGGCUGCGCCAGACAGGGCUCGUCUGCCUGCUGCCCCACGGGUACGACGGGCAGGGCCCCGAGCACAGCAGCGCGCGGCUGGAGCGGUAUCUCCAGAUGAGUGACGACAACCCGAACGUCAUUCCCGAGAUGGACCCCUCGCUCCGCCGCCAGCUGCAGCAGGUCAACUGGCAGGUUUGCAACGUGACCACGCCCGCCAACUACUUCCACGUCCUGCGGCGCCAGAUCCACCGCGACUUCCGCAAGCCGCUGAUCAUCAUGGCGCCCAAGAACCUGCUGCGCCACGCCAAGUGCCGGUCCACUUUGGGCGACUUCGACGACAUCCAGGGCCAUCCCGGGUCCGACCGCCAGGGCACGCGCUUCAAGCGCCUCAUCAAGGACGUGCGCGCGCACGGCGACCGGGAAGAGGGCGUCAAGCGGCUCGUCCUCGUCAGCGGCAAGCUGUACUACGAGCUCGAGGAGGAGCGCGAGCGCGUGGGCGCGCAGGACGUGGCGCUGGUGCGCGUCGAGCAGCUGUGCCCCUUCCCCUACGACCUCUUCCUGCGCGAGCUCAACCGCUACCCCAAUGCGGAGAUCGUAUGGGCACAAGAAGAGCCCCAGAACAUGGGCGCGUACACAUACGUGGCCCCGCGUAUGGCGACCGCACUUCAUAAGGUGAACCGUGGAGCUUUUGAAGACAUCGCGUAUGUGGGCAGGCCGCCAUCCGCCGCGACAGCCACCGGGUUCGGGUCCCUUCACGCAAAGGAACAGAAGGAAGUGGUGCAAAAGGCGAUUGCCUCGUCAUAGACUGGAUUAUAAGCGCUUCAUGAACUUCAUCAUGUCUUUAAUCGGUAGAACAAUAAGCAGCGCAUGUUCAUCUUCAAGUUGGGUAAAACGUAUCGACGUUUUGGUGGUUCGAUGUGAACCUGUAUAGAAGAUAUGUAUUUCGUUGCUCCGAUAGAGGCAGGUGCGUGGAAGGGGAACUAGGUGGACCGAAUCUCAUCGCCUCUCAUCACCUCAUUGAAACGAACUUAAACCGUCAAUUUACACCCAAAAUCUGCAAAAUCUGGUAGCUUACUACACCAGAACAGGCUACAGUCAGGCAACUCUUGGAUAGCCCCGUUCGCAAAUCGCUACUCAAUCAAUGGAACUGCCAC